GUUCAGAUUAGCCGUGUGCAUUGGCACGAAAUACUGUUUCGGACUGCCAGAGCAUCUCGUGAGACCACCGACUGCUGAAAAGAAUACGAGACCACGUGCUGGCAUAAGGUCAGCGCAGUCUAAUAUCAACAACAAAACAUCUCGAGGACUUUUUUUUGGACUACAGCAAGUGGCCAUGGCUCUCAAAAUACCAGCGCUAGCGCUGUUCCUUUGUAGCGUCUUCCAGCCGUCUCUCGCUACAUUUGGUCCAGAAGAAAGUCCUUCCACCCUCCAGACGCCCUGUCCAGAUCCGCAGGACAUAGACCCGUGCACCUGCAGCAUCACCGCCCCUUGGAAACCAGACCUGGACUGCUCCCAGGUGCAAAGCUCCGAGGAGCUCCGAGGCGUGUUCAACCAAUCCUUCGAGGACCCCCAUUUCCACUUCUUCAUGGCGCAGAACACCAGGGGCUUGAGGCGCCUGGAGGGCGGGACGUUCGGCGAGGCGACGUUCAAGAGCUUCUUCUUCCUCAACGGCGACUUGGAGGUCGUGGAGCCGAACGUCUUCCUCGGCAGCCGAGGGUUCCUCCAGUACCUCACACUCGACCGACAGAACCUGACGACCUUCCCGUAUGAGGAGAUAAGUCAGCACGGCAUUCUCAGGACGCUGAGCUUCAGCGGCAAUCGGAUCUCGGCCUUUCCGACGCUCGAGUCGAGCUCGCUGGAGAGCCUGGACUUGAGUUUCAACCCGAUUUCCGAUAUCCCAGCUGAUGGAUUGGCGGGUCUGCCUUACCUCUUCGACUUCACCUGUGAGGACUGCGGCCUGACUGAGAUAAACCCAGGUACAUUCGCUGGGCGGAAACGCCUCUCAGGAUUGAUUCUCCGGUCUAACAACCUGACCCACCUCCCGGAGAACAUGGUUCAGAGUGACUACUAUUCCGUGGGUAUCCUCGUCGAAGACAACCAGAUUUCGAACGUGUCGGCGGGGGCUUUCAAGCUGGGACCAGGUCAGAACAUGCACGUAAAUCUUGCCAAUAACAGAUUGGAACAACUGGAGGAGAGAGUCUGGAGACCAUAUUUUGAAGGAGGUUUGACCUAUCUUAUGCAGAGGGUAACCCAUUCUCGUGCGGGUGCGACAUAGCCUGGCUAGUGACCGAGACCGCGUUCAUGGCUAAAUUGGGCGGGAAAGAGACCUGCAAAGACGGUAGGCUGGUGCAGACGCUGGACCCGCUGUACUACGAAGAGAUGUGUUAGGGAAAAAAUCCUAAGUUCUUAUAUCGCUCUCUGCGUUCACUUUCCCCUGAGACAAUGCGCUGAAUUGUCAGAAAUAAAGUUCGUUGAAAUGAGAGUCAUUUUGGAUAUAUUAAGCUUCCGUCUGGAAUACGGAAUUAAAAACAAUGAACUUGAAUUUUCACAAAUAAAGUUAGUUGAACUGAUAGUCGAUUAAGAUAUAUUAAGCUUCCGUCUGGCAUAACGGAAUUAAAAACAAUUGUCAGAAAUAAAGCUUGUUGAAAUGAUGGUC